UUUGUGUCUUGUUUUGUUAUCAGACAGGGCGUAGAAAAACAGAAAGAAAAAAACUAUUUUUACUCGAAUAAAAGAGUUUUUGAGCAUAAAAAGCUAAACAAAAGAAAUUCAACAGACACAAAAUGAAGAAAAAGGUUCUACUUAUGGGCAAGAGUGGCUCGGGUAAGACGAGUAUGCGUUCCAUAAUAUUUGCCAAUUAUAUAGCCAGAGACACAACUAGGCUGGGAGCAACAAUUGAUGUUGAGCAUUCCCAUGUCCGCUUUCUGGGCAAUUUGGUUUUAAACCUGUGGGAUUGUGGUGGUCAGGAGGGAUUUAUGCAGCAGUAUUUUGCCUCUCAGCGUGACAAUAUAUUUCGCAAUGUAGAAGUUCUGAUUUAUGUUUUCGAUGUGGAGAGCCGUGAAUUGGAGCGUGAUGUUCAUUAUUAUCAGUCUUGUUUGGAGGCCUUGCUGCAGAACUCUCCAGAUGCUAAAAUAUUUUGUUUAAUCCAUAAAAUGGAUUUGGUGGCUGAAGAACAAAGAGAAACCUUAUUCAAAGAUCGUGAAGAUGAUUUGAUACGUUUAUCAAGACCUGGAAAUGUAACAUGCUUUAGAACCAGUAUCUGGGAUGAAACCCUUUAUAGAGCAUGGUCCAGCAUUGUCACUAUGCUUAUACCCAAUGUAGCAGCUUUGGAAAACUCCCUUUCAGCCUUUGCCAAUGUCAUUGAAGCCGAUGAAGUUUUACUCUUCGAAAAAGCCACCUUUUUGGUCAUCUCACAUUGCCAAAGUAAAAAGAAUCGAGAUUCACAUCGUUUCGAAAAAGUCUCGAAUAUCAUAAAACAAUUCAAACUAAGCUGUUCCAAGCUGGGUGGUAAAUUCCAUUCAAUUGAAGUGCGAAAUAGCGCCUUUGCCGCAUUCAUCGACACAUUUACGAGCAACACAUAUGUUAUGGUAGUUAUGUCCGAUCCCACAAUACCAUCAGAAGCCACUUUGGUAAAUAUACGAAAUGCACGAAAAUAUUUUGAAGAAUUGGAAAAUCCUAAUACGAAUGCGGUAAAUCAUCAUCAAUACCAUUAAAAAAGGCAAUGUAAGGAGAUAUAUUGGAGAAAGUGACUUAUUGUAACCUAAACAUGUAAUUAUAGACAAAGACGUUAUAACCACAAUAAGUGAAUUAUAAACUUUUUGUAAUGUUUUCCUUAUAACUUUCCAUUGCUUUCCGUAAUUUUGGAGAAGUAUUUUUGAAUGAGCAAUCCUUCUAAAAAAUUUCAAUCAGAUAUAUAAUUUUUUAAUAGUUUUAAAAAAAUCCUUUUUGAAAGUUAAGUUCUUGAUGUAGCCAAUACCAUGUAUAUCUAUAAGUCUUUUGU